UCUCAACAGGUGUCUUUCUUUACAAAAGUAUGCCAGUUUCUCUGCUUGUCUUUCCAUUGGCAGUGCCCCCCUACAGCAGCAGGAGUGUCCAGCAGGCGGCAGCAGUCCCCGGGCAGGGACGGCCCUGAGCGGCGAGGCGCGUCGUGGCGGCGCGGCGACAACACAACACAGCAGGAUGAUCUCCAUAACAGACACGCAGAAGAUUGGAGUGGGCUUUGUGACUUUUGGGGUGACCUUCAUCUUCCUUGGGGUCAUCCUACUUUUUGACAAAGGUCUCCUGGCAAUUGGCAAUAUCCUCUUCUUGGCGGGGAUGGCCUUUGUGGCAGGGCUGGAGCGCAGCUUUCGGUUCUUCUUCCAGCGGCACAAAUGGAAAGGCUCCGGGGCCUUCUUUGGAGGGAUUUUGACAGUCCUUCUGGGCUGGCCACUGGUUGGCAUGUGUAUCGAGAUGUAUGGGUUUAUUGUGCUGUUUAGUGGCUUCUUCCCAGUGGCAGUGAACUUCCUCCGUCGUGUGCCAGUCCUUGGACAGAUCCUGAACCUGCCCUUCAUCAGUGGGCUGUUGCCACUUGACUCCUCUGCUUGAGUGUGCAGUUUGUGGAUCGGUUAGGAGGUGAAUCCAAGAUGAAUGUCUGACAGGAGAGAAUGGUGAACUUGUGGAAGGGAAAGAAAACAUCACCAGCAGAAACUCUCCCACUGCAGGGAGCUGCAAGGUACUGGGUUGUCUUCUAACGAACACUUGUUAGUAACAUUGUGUGCAUGUGUUGUUGAUAUUAUUACGGACAUCAUCAUCAUUAUCAUAAUUGUUUUGGAGGAGUUAUUUCUUGCUUAUAUUGAACUAAAGUUUUCAUAUCUUUUCUGUUUCUGAAUUGAAGUGAGAAACUGUAUUGUAUAUAAUUUAUGGUUGAUAGUCAGGCAGUUUAUAAACAUGUAAUGUGAAAAUUUUAUUUGUGUCAUUUCUUUCACUAUUGGACUCAGCUUGUAUGGGCAAGUAAUAAUAACAGUUUAUGAAGGAAGUUUUUUUAUAUGGAAGGCCAAAUCUUAUUUAUUAUGAUUAUUGCUCACCAAGCAAGUGCAUAAAGUACUGUUGGCUUUUUCUCAGACCAGCAGUCAUGAGUUAUUACUUAUUUAUUUAUUUUGUGGGCAUACUGGAUAGUUGUGGCAGUUGGUAAAAUGAAAAUCAAAUAAUUGAUAUGAAGGAUAUUCAUGAAUAUAAUAAACAUUAUGUAUAUUGUAAUGCUUAUAGCCAAUAAAAACAAAGUUGCUGAAGACCUUUACUUAAUUGGUUUAUAAAAUUAUUUUAUGCAAUAUGUAACCAAAUUCAGUAAGUUGAAAAUAUGUAAAUAAAUAAACACCACUGCCAAUAACUGUUCAGGCAACAUGGAGGAGUUGAUUGUAUGGCUGCCAGUACUGCUGACCAGCCUCAUCAUGAGUAAUUCUGGAUCAGGUCACCUGCUGGGACACAAGCAGCUCUUCCUGCUUGUUUGUUUUUCUGUGUGUUGAAUUGUGAGUUCUCAACACUUGAGUGUUCAUCCUAAAUAUUUAUGCAUAUUAUUGUGAUAUAAUUUUAUAAAGAAGUUUGAUACUUGAUAUGGUGCACCACAGAGCUAUUACAUAAAUCUUAACAAAAUUUGAAAGUAAGUUUGCAAUUAGCUAUUGCAGGAUAUAAAGUUUCAGUAAGGUUUCUAGUUCAAUACCAUGGAAAACAAAAAAUUCUCAAGCAUUUUUGGAAUGGUGAAUGACAAAAAUACAGUGGACAUAGGCACUACUUGUGUUGUACAGCUCAUCCAUUUUUAGUAGGUUACUUUUGCUUUCAGAGUUCAGCAUGAACAACAGCAUUGCUUUGCAAUCAUGGAGAAUUGAAAAAGAAAAAUGAAUGCAGACAUCAAAACAUUUACAUUGCUUUCAGCCCAGGUUGCUUUCAAGUAACUUUUAGUCAUAUUGGCAUCAGCCACUUUUUGGCACUUGAGGUUGGAUAUGUAACAGCUGCUUUAUUUUUAUUUUUAUUUUUACACGUUUUAAAAGAAAAGUUUAAUGCCAAUAACAGUAGUGAUGGAGCCCUGAAACAUUCCACAAAUAUGUACAAUUGUCUCUGAUACGUGUGGUGCACCAGCCUAUUUCCCCUACAGUGUGCAGUUCUAUGAGCCAUACUUUCAGCGUACAAAUCCUACCUUUUUCAGGAAGUGUGCAGGUCUGAUGACUGAUACACAAGUGUUUGAUAAGAAUCUUACUACACCAACUUCUAUGUACCUACUGACUUCAGUUUUGUUUUCUAAAUAUAUUUGCAUCCUUUACUGAAAUUCUGAAUAGCAUGUAAAGGUUGUGAAUAAAACUAACUGUUCUGUGUACAAUGUGAAACUGUGAAAAUAUGUUGUCAAUUUGUAAAGAUUAAAAUUUUCUAACCUA